AGAAGCGCGCUACCGCAGCGACAGGAGAGUCUGGCUACAGGCUGUAGAGGAGUUUAGAGUGUGUGUGAGUGAGAGCAUCAAGAGAUCUGACCCGGCGGAGAGUGUGUGUGAGUGCCUAGUGUGGGAGACAGCGGCGAGAGCGCAACGCACGGGCACGCACAACUUGGGAUAACUCACCUGGCUGGACAGAAACAUCUCUCUCCCUCCAUCUCGCCUAUCAUCUCUCUCCUUGCUAAGGGAUUCGAGCGGUGUGAUAGACUACUGGUCUGGCUGCGGGGAAGGUGUUAAUGUGUGCCUAUAGGAUGUAUGCAUUUGGUGGGAUGUUGUGUCGCGUGGUGUCGGUGCUAUGGCCUGUCCUUUCGAUUGUCUCGGGCUUCAACCUGCAUGCGGAGCGCCCUGCGGUGUUCCGAGGACCAGAGGGGAGCUACUUUGGUUACUCCGUGGACUUCUACCGACCGACCCCCGAAAGCAGCACGUUGAGUGUGUUGGUGGGAGCGCCCAAGGCCAACACAUCCCAGCCAGGCAUCAUAGAGGGAGGAGCUGUCUACUACUGUCCCUAUCCCCUAAACCCUGACCCCACCAAGCAACCCUACAGCUGCACACAGAUACCCUUCGACAACGCCAAUAACAGGAUGAUUAAGGUUAAUGGCACCAGGGAGCCUCUGGAGUUCAAGUCACACCAGUGGUUUGGAGCCUCAGUUAGAACUCACAAAGACAAAGUGGUGGCCUGUGCUCCUCUCUACCACUGGCGUACUGUGGUGAACGGUGAGAAGGACCCGGUAGGAACCUGCUAUGUUGCCGUGCAGAACUUCAGCGCCUACGCAGAAUACUCACCCUGUAGGACCAAUGAUCCAAACCCGGAGGGACAGGGUUUCUGCCAGGCCGGGUUCAGUGUGGACUUCACCAAGGAGGGGACACUGGUGGUGGGUGGACCUGGCAGCUUCUACUGGCAAGGUCAGGUGAUGACUGCAGGCGUAGCAGAGAUAUUGAAUGGUUACUCUCUGAAAGCCGUGCUCAGGAGAGUCCCUGGAGAGAAACAGACCCACGCUGCAGCUGAUACCCAUGACGACAGCUACCUAGGUUACUCUGUGGCAGUAGGGGAAUUCACAGGAGACUCAGAGCAAGAGCUGAUAGCUGGUGUUCCGAGAGGGGCACAGAACUUUGGAUAUGUAGCUGUGAUUAACUCCACUAAUCUGACAUUCAUCAUGAACUUCACAGGAGAGCAGAUGGCUUCCUACUUUGGCUAUUCUGUGGCUGUUACUGACCUCAACGGAGAUGGGUAUGAUGAUGUACUGGUAGGAGCACCUCUCUACAUGGAGAGAGAGAGGGAGAGUAAACCUAAGGAGGUGGGCCGUGUCUACCUGUACCUCCAGCACUCCCCGCUCACCUUCUCCGAGCCCCUUCUCCUGACGGGAACACACACCUUUGGACGCUUUGGCACUGCCAUCGCCCCGCUAGGAGACCUCAACCAGGACGGAUACAACGACGUGGCAGUGGGUUGUCCGUUUGGUGGGGAGGACCGGAGUGGCCUGGUGUUGAUCUACAAUGGCCAGAGAGACCUGACGGCCCGCGGCCUAACCCUCAGCCAGGAGCUCUAUGGAGCCUGGGCCUCCAGUAGUGGCCUCUCCGGCUACGGCUUCACCCUGAGGGGGGACAGAGACCUGGACAACAACCAUUACCCUGAUCUGAUAGUGGGAGCAUUUGGUAAAGGGGAGGUGUCGGUGUACAGGGCUCGUCCUGUAGUGUCAGUGGAGGCAGAGAUGAUCCUGACUCCUAGAAUCCUGAACCCUGAUGACCGAUCCUGCCUCCUGACAGAAUCUGAUAUCAUGGUGACCUGUCUAAGGGUAGAUAUUUGUGCGAAGGUGAGCGGUGUGGGGAUCCCAGACUCUGUAGUCCUGAAUGCAGAGCUGCAACUGGAUUGGCUUAAAGGUGUGAGGGGCGGAGUUAAGAGAGUUUAUUUCCUGGAUUCCCAUCAGCCCCAACACACAGGGGUCCUAACGCUUGGCCACAGCCGUCCUCACUCCUGCCUGAACUAUACUGUCUACCUACGAGGGGAGGAUGAGUUUAGGGAUAAAUUGACUCCCAUCUCAUUGGCUCUGAACUACAGUUUAGCCCCUCCAUCCAACCUGGACCUCCCCCCUGUCCUCAACCGCUACAGCAGUACCUUCCUGCAGGAACAGGCAUAUAUUCUGCUGGACUGUGGGGAAGACAACGAGUGUAUUCCAGACCUCCAGCUAUCUGCAAGCAUAGACCGUACAGAGCUGGUGGUCGGGGAUGACAACCUGGUCAUGUUGACCAUAAACGCGGUUAACGAAGGAGAGGGGGCAUAUGAGACAGAGCUACACACACUCCUACCCCCUGAGGCUGAUUACAUAGGAGUGGAACGCAGGAUAGAGGCUCUAUCCAGGUUGAACUGUGAGUACAGGAUGGUGAAUGACUCCAGACUCGUGGUGUGUGACCUGGGGAACCCUAUGGUUGCCGGAACAGAAGUAUCUGUAGGUUUAAGGUUUGCUGUCCAAAGGCUGGAUGAUGCCGGUCCUCACAUUGACUUUGACCUACAGAUCCACAGUUCAAACAAAGACAGCUCCAAGAGCAACCCAGUCAGUCUGUCUCUCUCCAUCUCUGCCAGAGCUCAGCUAGACCUGAGGGGGGUGUGUCAUCCCUCUCAGGUGGUUCUUCCGUUUCCUCAUUGGGAGCCCAAAGAGAAGCCGGUCAAAGAGGAUGACGUAGGACCCCAGGUCACACACAUCUACGAGCUCCAUAACUCAGGUCCCAGUAGUAUCCGGGAGGCGGAGCUCCAGGUGGGCUGGCCCUCUCGUUUCCGUGACGAACACCUGCUCUACGCUCUGGAGGUUCUGACAGUCGGACCAAUCAGCUGCCGGAGCAACACCAGCCUCAACCCCCUGGGCCUACAGACAUCCUCUGUCCAGGACACUCCAGAACUGUUGGGCUUUCUGAGGAACAGUAGCUCUCCUCACCGCUACAGGCGAGCCACCAAUGCUGCCCAGCCCUACAGCAGCAAGACCCUGAACUGCAGUAACAUCAUUUGUCUAAGAGUUCUGUGUGUGGUCGGGCGGUUGGACCGUGGUCAGAGCGCUGUAGUCAAGAUCCGCUCCCGACUCUGGGCUCACACCUUCCUCCAGAGACGUAACGACCCAUACCUCCUCAACUCCACCGUGUCCUUCAGAGUGACGGCCCUGCCCUACCGCCUCCAACCCUCCUCCUUACCCCAACACACCACUUCAAUGGGUACACUGGUGCUUUGGGGAACUCCUGAUGUGGCGUUUGCUAUUCCUCUGUGGGUCAUCAUCCUAGCCAUCCUACUGGGACUGCUGGUCCUGGCCAUGCUAACACUGGCCAUGUGGAAGUGUGGUUUCUUUGACCGGGCUCGGCCGCCAGCGGAUGACGUGUCAGACCGUGAGCAGCUGACUUCUGACCAAUUAGCAGACGCCUAAGAACACUCACUGGCACCAUGGAGACCAGUUCCUGAUUCGAGGAGGCUGUUUGGGAUGAGUUCCACCUCUUGAGUGAAAUUAAAUGAGAUCUGCAGGCAGACUGCAAACUCACAGAUCAAAGGUUAUUUACCCCUUUUAAAGCUGAUCUGUCAUCAGUGAGUGGACUGCAAACUCACAAACCAAAGGCUGAAGUACCAUUAAGAUUGGUAUUCAAACGGCACCAGAGUGACUGGGAACCAUGCACACAGACGGAAGGCCUCAAGACAAUUUUGGACAAGUAGAAUGGACUCUGGUUCUAACCCUGCUUGUAGUUGAAUAUGUUUCUAUGCACCGCUUGCCUCUGUGGGUUAGACUACUUGGGGAUCUGUAUGGUUGGAUAAUUCAGUUGGAGUUAACCAGUCUGGCUAACUUCAAAUGGAGUUACCAUCUGAUGUCAGUGACUUGGUGUCCGCCUGCUUUCACUGUUAAAUACAUUCCAUCAUUGAUCAAUCACACACAUGCACACAUACAUGCGCACACACACGAAUGCACACGCAAACACACGCAUGCACACACACACACGCAAACACAGGGGGCUGUACAGUAUAUAUCUAUGGAUGGUGUAUGUGCAAUAUUGGGAUAUUCUGUGUGAUACUGAAGCUUGUUUACACUGGUAUUAUUUUAUUAGAACUUGAUGUUCAAAUUGUUUGUGUAUAUUGUUUAUUUAGUAUACUAUUGUGUAUGUGAGUGUUUUUGUUGGUAUAUUAGUGUAUGUGUCUUCGGAAAGUAGAAGAACCCUUAACUUUUUCCACAUUUUGUAAUAUUACAGCCUUAUCCUAAAAUUCAUUAAAUCAUUAUUUUCCCUCAUCAAUCCACACACAAUACCCCAUAAUGACAAAGCAAAAACAGG